UGGAUCUCCCUUGCGGGGACCAUUGAAGACUGCCGGCUGAGUAAGGGCGUGGGGUCCGUGAGCAAUCACAUUUCCUGGCGCUCCGGACAUUGAAUUAUAUACCGUGCAUCCCCAGACUCGCCAUGGUCGCCCUCUUCUCUCUACCUGCUUGCCGUACAUCGUCACAUUGUUUGCCGGUCUGACUCGUAAAUUGCGGGGCUACGCGAUAAGACCUACCUCAGGAAGGUUGAGGAAGCACCGUAUUGUUUUGUUGAGUCUUUCCUCUAACUGCCACGGUCCGAUCGGAAGAGCAUGGACGAGACGAUGAAGCCCAUGGCCGACGAACGCGUCGAGAAUGCCAAAAGUGACAUUUAUGAUGAAGGGCUGAUAUCUACUGCUGAAGAGCAGAGAUUGACCAAGAGGCUGCUGUGGAAGAUGGACUCGAGAAUUCUCCCCAUUCUCGCUCUUCUCUUCCUCUGCUCCUUCAUCGACCGAACCAAUGUCGGGAACGUCAAGAUUCUCGGUCUCCAAGCCUCCCUCCGUAUCACUGACCACCAAUUUGCUAUCGGUCUCUGUGCCUUCUACGCCACAUACAUUCUAUCUGAAAUCCCGUCCAACUUACUUCUCCGCACAAUUUCCCCGCGUAUCUGGCUACCCCUUCUUACUGCUGUAUGGGGCACACUUACAAUGUGUUUGGGUUUCACAACCAACUUCGCGUCUUUCGUCGCUGUACGCGCUCUACUCGGGUUUGUUGAAGGCGGUUUACUUCCCGGCAUGAUCUUGUACCUUACAGCCUUCUACACCCGCACUGAGCUGGCAGUGAGGAUCGGCAUCUUCUACACCGCUGCCAGCCUCUCUGGCGCUUUCGGUGGCCUCCUUGCACGCGGUCUUUCAGCAAUCGGACCAGCUGGCGGGCUCGAAGGUUGGCGCUGGGUAUUGGUCAUUGAGGGCCUGCUCACUGUGGCAUGUGGUCUUAUCUGCUCCAUAUUCCUUCCCAACAGCAUCUCCUCUGCACGGUUCCUGAGUCCUGCGCAAAAAGACCUUGCGCUUUCUCGUUUACACAGCAGCGCACACGCCACAGAGCACUUUGCAUGGUCUGAAGUUCGACGUGGCAUUCUCAAUGUACAAGUCUGGCUCAGCGCGAGCAGUUACUUUGCAAUUCUCUCAGGGCUGUACAGUUUCGGACUGUUCCUCCCCACCAUCAUCAACUCGCUAUCCUUUGUGCACGACGCCAACGCAGCACAACUCUGGUCUGUCAUUCCAUAUGCUGUCGCUGCAUUCUUCACUGUGUGUACUGCGCUACUUUCGGAUCGUCUACGUCUCCGCGGCGUGAUUAUGCUCUUCACCCUUCCCAUCGCGAUCAUUGGCUAUGGUGUUAUCAGCCGUAGUACAAACGCCAAGGUGCAAUACGGCAUGACGUUCCUCAUGGCCACGGGCCUGUAUAGCAGUGUGCCAUGUGUGUUGGUAUGGAACAGCAAUAACAGCGCGGGACAUUACAAGAGGGCAACGACGAGUGGACUGCAGUUGGCGGUUGCGAAUGCAGGUGGGUUUGUUGCGAGUUUUAUUUAUCCUGGGAAGGAGAAGCCGACUUUUACGAGGAGUCACGAGAUUAUCCUUGGGUUACUGUGUGCGAGUUGGCUAUUAGUUGCGGCGAACGUGGCGUGGUGUGCGAAGAUUAAUAGGGAUAAGAGGAGGGGCAGAUAUGCAGAGUUUGAGGGAAGUGGGGAUGAUAGGGAUCCGGAGUUCAAGAUGGUUUUGUGAUUUCGUGAUGUGUCACGCGAGUGCCUCAAAUAGGACGAAUAUCUUUGUCAUGUAAAAUGCAUUGGUGAACAGGUUUGUGAUAUGUAUGCGCAUGCGAUGAUGAUGUUGAUGAUACGAGUGUCAGGUGAGAUGACGCUAUCAGGACGUACUUGAAGGGCAUGUUAAUGCGUUUUUUUGAUGUCAAGAAUGUGAUAGUUCGUGGUAGUGUUUCGAAAAACAAUGCAUGGAAACGUGAUUGUGGGUCGAGUCUAGAGAAAUGAAGCACAUUAUUGGCAAAGUAGCGUGUAUACAGACGUGCGAGUAUGUUAAGACAAUGGAGGAUGUAAGAGUAUGGUAGAUAGUUUAGGAAAACACGCCAACAUAGCUUUUACAAUUGCGCACGUUAGAUUGCAGUGG